GAUUCUCACUUUAUAUUAUAUAUAAUCAUCACAUAUGGUCUGUGGACGACGAGGCCUCGGAGAUAGCAGAGGCAGGGCGUGUGCACUACCGAAGUGAACAGCGGAGAGUGCGGGCCGACCUAAUCGCCAUCUGUAGUGCGAGGGAGCAUUCGUACUCAAGCCUGGCCCCUGUAACAUGUGCGCGUACAAAAGCCCUCUUGUGCGAUCGGGAGCCCCUGGAUUUUUCGCCGACCUACCCCCGGAAGAGCGUGACAAAUACGUCAUACCGCCGCUGCCGGAGGACAACGAUGCGGCACCAUUGCCGCGGCAAGGCACCGAGGGCCGGCAGAUACGGGGCCGCAGCCACAGCAGUGGUGGCCGGGUGCCACAUGGAGAGUCGGGGGAGCUGCAUCCAGAAGGGGCAUUGGAGGCAGAAAACCCUGCCAACCUGGGCAGGGCCAGGGAGGAGCGAAAGUGUUUUGGACCCAUUGGUGCGGCCAGACAUAAGUGCGGCUCACAACCGCAGCACCAAGAGCCGCAGCACCAACAGCCGCAGCACCAACAGCCACCGUUGUUGGAAUGGUCUGGUAUUCCUCGUGGCCAAAACCUUUUCUAAGAAAAUAAACAGACGGCACAAGUGCCUGUGUAAACAAAAAAAGUUUGAAAAGUUUGAUUCUAUGUUGCUGUUAUCUAGAGUGCUUGAUUGCUAAAAUCAACUCUGGAAUGAAUGCGUUGCAGAAAUGAAGUUGACUUGGGAAGUUUGACGUAUGUCGCCACCUUUCGGAACAGAAACUAAAGAGAAGCCAUGCAAGAAAUAAGUGCAAAAGGGAUUAUGACCCUCCCCAUUAAAGAAAUAUUCAAAUGAAGCAAUGUUUCAACAUUGCCUUCAUUAAUUAUUGGUCAACAGAACUUAUUGUCUAAAGGAGUAUACUGUUUCAUCGAAAUAUACAGUGAAGUUAUUGAUUUUAAAUAACAAGAAAUUGCACAGAAAGUUCGGGCACUGUACAGAGACAUUCACUGGCAAUUAAAAAAUUGUCCGACUUGUCAACUGAACAGUCUGAAAUACAAUUUUCUUUUUUUAAUGGCUUGAGUGUUUCGAGUUGGAACUAUAAAAGCUACUUCUAAUAAAAGAUUCAAAUAUCUCAAAAGGUGGUGUCAUACCUUGUGCAAGUUUGCUGUAGUGCUUUGCUAGGUUGUGACAUGCAUUGCAGGACACCUGGGUCGGUAUUUUGUAGCGAUGCCUUUUCCGUUUCUAUUCUUUUUCAGGCUUUUCGCGCUUGGCCACUGGUCAGAGCGACAGUCUGCCCACAUUAUCAACACGAUCAGGCGGCCGCGUGUGGUGGAUGAUAAGAAUAGCAUAGAAUAAGGCGUAAUGCAUCGCUACAAAAUAGCGGCCCUGGUUCACACCACAGCAGCUGUAUAUUAGCAUCAGCCAAGGCUCCUCUAGCAUAGUCUAUAGCGCAGCGUCUAUAGAGCAAAAUUUGCAGAAUUAAUCAGUGGGGUCUGUUCUUGCAAGACUGCCAGUGUUUGAACAAGAGUGUUGGUAUUCUAGGCAUAACACACUUUCUUAAGACCAGCCUGAUGCGCAUAACAAGGAGCUCGGUCAUCAUUGUGCCGCGAUAGCGAGGCUGCUGUCAACCAUGGGUUGAAUGUGAAACCAUGACGCAGCACACUGCGUAAGAGGUUCUGCAUAGGUGAUUCGAAACACUUUAAAGUUUACAGGAAAACUGAGCUUUGUGAACCAAAUACUCAAGAGUGCAGUAAGCUUUUUUCAGAUGUCCGGUCAGAAACACCUGACAUCAGUGUUGAAAGUGAAACUGUUAGUAGAAAGCUUAGUUCUGCAUAAGAGUUCAAUUUUACGUCCACUUCUACCGCUACCUCAAUAUUUCCUUUGCCAUUGAGUGUACUUAACUGACCACAUACUGCUUAUUCUCGGGAAUGUCACACUGGCCUAUUUGCACAUUUAAAAUGCUCUCAUACAUUUUUACGCCAUCCACGUCAGUGAAUUAAGUGCUAGUCAUAUUUUAUUUCAAUACCGUGAUUACUCGCUUGAGUACCUUUUAUUUACUAUUUUGUGAUUGUUCACAGAGUUAACUGUUUUAGUAUUUUUUUAAAAGUCUGAAGCGUACAUGUGUGAAUCUGUGUUCACGGGAUGAAAGGUAGUUGAGAGGAAAGUGAAAUUCAUUGGGAAGUAAGACAGUGUGGUUCAGCCUAUGGGACUGUGCAAUUUCGCACCGACUUUGUGAGAAUCGCAAUAUGCGAGUGCAACACAAAUGCACAAGAACGCAUUUCAUCAUAGGCUGAAGAAAACGCACACUGUGUGUUUGGUUCCCACUGCUUUUCCAGUAAAAUAUCAAUCAUACACAGCAGUGUAGCAUGCCCCUACCAAUGAAAAAGAAUGCUUUGGCUGUUGUCAAACCUUUUGCGUCCCAUGUCAAGUGGUGAAAAUAAGUGCCAGCUAGUAAGUUCUUUUUAUUCGUUGCAACAUUCUACUUAUGUGCAAGCUUUAGCAUUACCAUUUUAGCAGAAUGCAGUGGGCAAAAUUAGGACAGAAGUGCUGGAUGCAAUGUCGGGCUGUGCUAUGUUCAAACCAGAAAAUUGAUCUCAAUGCCACUUGCAUUUUUUAAAACAAUUUUGUGUGUAGUUAGCGAUGCCAAUUUUUUAUGAAGUGCUCAGUUGUACCAUUGUUGUAUUUCGUUACACUCAUUCUUGAUAUUGUACCAUUUACGUCUGUAAUAUAAUGUAUCGUGCACUGUUUUGCACACAGCCUUCAUGACAUUCAUACAUUUUGCGAGGUCAAUAAAGACCAGAAGUGAAAACAAAA